CUGUGUGGUCCCCGCCCUCUUUCCAGAGGCGUUCCUAAAGGGAGGCGGCGGGCCGAUCGCCCAGCGUUUCUGAACCGCUCUCUGCAAUGGUGCUGCUGUGGGUGUCGGUUGUCGCAGUCUCGGCGCUGGCAGCACCAGACCCCGGGGCAGGUGGGCAGAGACGAGGAGCUGCUCGGGUUUGGCCCGCUGCACCCAAUGUGGUGCUAGUCGUGAGCGACUCCUUCGAUGGAAGGCUAACAUUUUAUCCAGGAAGUCAGGUAGUGAAACUUCCUUUUAUCAACUUCAUGAAAGCACAUGGCACUUCCUUUCUGAAUGCCUACACAAACUCUCCAAUAUGUUGCCCAUCACGUGCAGCAAUGUGGAGUGGCCUCUUCACUCACUUAACAGAAUCUUGGAAUAACUUUAAGGGCCUAGAUCCAAAUUAUACAACAUGGAUGGAUAUCAUGGAGAAGCAUGGCUACCGAACACAAAAAUUUGGAAAACUGGACUACACUUCAGGACAUCACUCCAUUAGCAACCGUGUUGAAGCAUGGACAAGAGAUGUUGCUUUCUUACUCAGACAAGAAGGCAGACCGACGGUUAAUCUUAUCCCUAAAAAGACUAAAGUAAGAGUAAUGGAAAGGGACUGGGAGAAUACAGACAGAGCAGUAAAUUGGUUAAGAAAGGAAGCAAGUAAUUACACUCACCCAUUUGUUCUGUACUUGGGAUUAAAUUUACCACAUCCAUAUCCUUCACCAUCUUCAGGAGAAAAUUUUGGAUCUUCAACAUUUCACACAUCUCUUUAUUGGCUUAAAAAGGUUUCUUAUGAUGCCAUCAAAAUCCCAAAGUGGUCACCUCUGUCAGAAAUGCACCCUAUAGAUUAUUACUCUUCGUAUACAAAAAACUGCACUGGAAAGUUUACAGAAAAAGAAAUUAAAAAUAUUAGGGCCUUUUAUUAUGCUAUGUGUGCUGAGACAGAUGCCAUGCUUGGAGAAAUUAUUUUAGCUCUUCGCCAGUUAGGUCUUCUUGAGAAAACUGUUGUCAUAUACACCUCAGACCACGGAGAGCUGGCCAUGGAGCAUCGUCAGUUUUAUAAAAUGAGUAUGUAUGAAGCUAGUGCCCACGUUCCACUCUUGAUGAUGGGACCAGGAAUUAAGGCCAACCUACAAGUACCAAAUGUUGUUUCUCUUGUGGACAUUUAUCCGACUAUGCUUGAUAUUGUUGGAGCUCCUCUGCCUCAGAACCUGAGUGGAUACUCUUUGUUGCCAUUAUCAUCAGAAAUGUUUAAGAAUGAACAUAAAUUCAAAAACCUACAUCCGCCCUGGAUUCUGAGUGAAUUCCAUGGAUGCAAUGUGAAUGCUUCCACCUAUAUGCUUCGGACCAACCAGUGGAAGUAUAUAGCCUACUCUGAUGGUACUUCAGUAUUGCCUCAACUCUUUGAUCUUUCCUCAGAUCCAGAUGAACUAACAAAUAUUGCUACACAAUUUCCAGAAGUUACAUAUUCUUUGGAUCGGAAGCUUCGUUCCAUUAUAAACUACCCUAAGGUUUCUGCUUCUGUCCACCGAUACAAUAAAGAGCAGUUUAUCAAGUGGAAGCAAAAUGUAGGGCAGAACUAUUCAAAUGUUAUAGCGAACCUCAGGUGGCAUCAGGACUGGCUGCAAGAACCAAGGAAGUAUGAAAGUGCGAUUGAUCAGUGGCUUAAAACCCCCGCUAAUCCUAAAAAAAUCUGAACUAAAGCUAGAAAAUAAUGUUCUAGAGCAACAUAUAGAGAUAAUGGUAAAAGAUCAUGAUUAGCUUUUAUAUGUUUGUUUUAAUAAUUACUGAUUUUUAGUUACUUUUAAAGAGUGUAUUCUAUUUUAAAAUAAAGUAGUAAUCAUUACAGAAUUACAUAUUUUCAAAUAUGAUUACUAUCAAGACCUCUUACUUUUAACAACUUAAUGGACGUAUUAAAAGGAUGGAAGCAAGUAGUAUAAUAUAAAGUUAUAUUCCUCUGAAUAAUAUGGAAUAUAGACAAUUUUAACCAUUAUGACUUAUGAACCAUAAAAUAGUUAUUUGUA